AUGGUGGAUUCACAGAGCCUGCACGACACCCUGAGCACCUGGGACGAACAUCUAAAUCGGUGGCGCACCUUCCCAUAUUGGUACUUUCAUCUUCAAUCACCCCUAACUCCAUAUCGAAGUGGCGAAUCAAGCCAACAGGACGACUCCCUCCAAGAGACGCAACAAUCCCAACAACCUCAAACGAAUUCCUCCAUGAUAUUCCUCUCCAAAUUAGUAGCUGUUCUUAAUCGGCCAAAGACGGAUAAAACAGCUAUGAGAGGAGGUAAAGUGAACGCGAAUAAAAGGACCCUCAGAGAUGUUCUGCACAUCACACAGCCCUACCACUCCCGAGUUAUUGAUAGAUGUUCCCUCGAUGUUGGUCCAGAGGAUGAAGCAUCCAACGAUGUUUUCCCGACCUCAGUGUUCGGAAACUUGGCUGCGGCUUGCGCGGGCCGUUCGCACAUGACGCCCCUAUGCAACCCCUCAUGUCGCGCUCUCACCCAUCCUCGUACCAUGGAGCGACUCAGCGUCGUCUCACUUUACGAGCUCUAUGGAGUCGAUUCAGCUCAAUUGGCUGCAAACGUAGGCGUCUCGGUCUCUCGAUUAAAGGCUCUACCUGUCAAGACUCAAAUGCGUAUGCUCUUCUGCAGACCAGUUUGA